AUGGGCAAGCAAAUCAAGACAAACUUGAGCUUAUGGCAAAAAGUUGUAGACUACGAUUUAGCAACAUUGGGUGAAAACCCUGAACAGCCUUUAGUGGCCGAAGAAGAAGAAGAGGGGGCUGCCGGUGGUGGAUUACCGGCGCUGAAGUGGACUAGAAAAAGCUUUGAUCGCCUUAUGCUUGAGGUCCAAAUGCCCUCGGAGUAUGGGGCUCGGUACCCAUCAGAGGGUGAUACUGGUGCCGACGCUCCGGCCGGUUAUGUGACCAUGUGGUCCGAUUUCUUCGGAGAUUGUAACCUCCGAUUACCGUUGACUGUGUUUGUUGUGGAUAUCUUGGAGUGGUACAAGGUCCACAUUUCUCAAGUGAGUCCAUUUGGGAUGAUUCGGAUUCGUAAUUUUGAGUUUACCUUUCGUGCUCUUGGCAUAGAGCCUACCGUCGGAGAUUUCCGACGGUUUUAUCAGAUGACGGUGUUCAUGGGGUUCUUUUCUUUCCGUCAACGAGACGGUACCCCGAAGCUGAUGACUCCCCCUAAGGGGAUGACGAUGUGGAAGAAGAAGUUCUUCUAUAUCAAGUCUGCUGCCCUUGCUGUGGAUAUGACGUUUCGGAAUGUGACCGAGACGAUCAUAGCAGAGACCAUUGCGAUGCCCAGUUUGAAAUCAGUGCAAUGGUUCCCGCAGCUGCAGACUAUUGAGUCUGUGAAGUUGACCAACACGCAACUAUGGCUGUUGCGUAUGAUGUUGAGGAGGGGCAAGAACUCGAAACCCGUGGUGCGGGAAAAGAGCGGUGAAGAUGCUCCCGCAUGGAGGAUGUUUGCUCCGGAUUUCGAGGGUACGGUUGAGACCGUAGUUUGUGCGGAUGGUGAACAGGAUCACAACACUAUCAUCCGUAGUAACUUCCGGGUGCCUACUGCGGCUGCACUGGCAGUUGAGUUGCCAGUAGGCAAAGGUGAUCUUGGGGCCUUGGGGGACCCUGAAGCGAAAGGUGUGCCAAAGAGGCAAACUAAGCAGGCAGAAGAGGCUGCUGCGGGAGGGACAGCUGCGGGUCCCCCUGUGAUUGGUGAGAAGAGGACGCCAGAGCAGAAAGCUGCUGGUGGUGUUGAAACCAAACGUCGGAGACUAGUAACCAAAAGGUCUGCUCCGGCGCAGAAAAAACCUGCGGUUGUCGUUGAGCGUCAAGAUGAAGAUUUUUCUAUCUUCGAUGCUCCGGAGUCCCCUCCGCGUGCCAUGGGUGCGGGUGGAACGGAGGUGCCGUCGACACCUCCCGUCAAGGUGGUACCUGAGUCAACCGUGCAGAAGGAGGGUACCGCAGAGAAUGCUGCGGCCCAGAUAUUUGAUACUGUUGACUCGUCCAACAACCUGAUCUCUCCCAAUGAGGGAGACGAUUUGAGUUUGCGGUUCACUGCUACUGGGAAGCAACAUUCUGAUGCUGAACCGCAAAAAACUGGCGCUGAAGCUGAUGUUCAAGCCCGGGAAGUCGCGGUUACAGAUCUUACUGCCCGCGUGUCUGCUGCGGAGGAACGUGCUGACUCCGCUGUGGAGGCCAAGGAUGCCUUGGUGUCCUCCCUUAAUCAGUUGGAGGCUGACCGUGAAUGGAUGCGGUCAUGCGGUAUUUCGCGCAUUGUCGAGGCGAUUAUGAAUGCCCCUGAGACUGCUGCUGGUUUGAAUCUGGUCCGGGAUCGCGCUCGGGAUGCCGGUUUUAAGGCAGGGUACAACCGCUGCAUUGGCCAUCUGAACGUGAUUACCAAGGGUAGUCAUACGGAUGAGCGAUCGGGGUUCCGUGGCGUGGAUACCGAGUCGCAUCUGAAAGCAGCCGAGGCCUCCUUCUAUGACACGUCCCUUGCUUGUAUACAGGAAUUGGACAGUUGUUUGGAUGCCGCGGACUAUGUAUACCGCUUGCGGAUGCUGUAUCCGGAUGUGGAAGAGGACGACGCUGCUGGUAACGCUAGAGAUGAUGCGGGGACCAGUGGUACAAAGUAG